CCAAUGUCAAGUUUCUAAACUCGUCAGUAUUAUAUUCGGCCUAAAUAUUUAAUGAAUAUUUUAAAACAACAAUAUAUAGGCUCAUAAUAUUAAAUAAAGAUGACUCUCUAUCACUUUGGAAACUGUCUGGCAUUAGUUUACGCGCCUUAUCAUAUGGCGUACAAGUUUUCUGGGAUAUCGGAAUAUGCAACGUUCUCUAAAUGCGUGUAUGCUGGCGCUCUAUAUAUAUUCACGCAGCUGUGUAAGAUGUUAUUGUUAGCCACAUUUUUUCCUGAUUCUGAUAAUAUUCAAAGUGGAGGAGACUAUGAUGUGUUCUUAGAAAUCCUGAAAGCAACAGUAGACUUGGCAGAUCUCUUGGGGAUUUACAUUGCGCUCAAUUCAAUACCUGGCAAGGGCCAUGCGAAGAUUCUCACUGCAGCGAUAGGAUGGGCCAGUGCUGAGGUGCUGGUGACGCGCAGCGUGCCGCUGUGGGCGGGCGCGCGCGGCGCGGAGUUCGACUGGCGCUACGUGCGCGCGUGCGCCGAGUCCAACGUGGCCCUGCUGCAGCACGCCGCCGGCGCCGCGCUCGUGUGGCUGUGCGCGCGCAGCGACCUGCCGCGCCGCGCGCUGCCCGCCGCCGCCUCGCUGCUGCUGCUGGCGCCCUACAGGUCGCUGCUGGAGGACGCGGUGGCGCACGCGCUGGGGCUGGGCGCGUGGGCGCUGCUGGCGCUGCGCGCGGCGCACGCGCUGGGCGUGGGGCUGGCCGCGCUGGCCAUGUACGCCGCGCUGGUGCAGCAGAUCGCCACGUAGGCGCGCCGCCGACUGUAUUGUUCCUCGAGGACCCUUUUCCUGUCAUGCUGUUUUCAGCCGCGUGCGUGUGACAGCGCGCUUGUAGUUAAACGCAUAACGCUUAUGUGAAUAGAUAAGGGUGGUCGCACGCGGGUAAACGCAUAACAGGACAGCAGACCUAAGUUACACAAUUUUUUCUUCUGUUAAGUUACAGGUGGAAUUGAUAACAUGAAAUCAAAUUGUA